UGUGACAAUGAAUCAGUCGGUACACACGUGAUAGAUAAUUGACAGGUAGAAAAUAUUUAAUGGAGCAAAACCAAAAUUCACACAGGCAAAAAGCAAAAUAUGAUUAAAUAUUUCGAAUCAUGUGAAUUAAUUGCAUUGAUAUAUUAGACAAUGUAUCACUCAUUCCAGGUUACUCAGAAGGUGCAUGACAAUGCAUUUAGAUAAGCAUAAAAAAAUACUGUGCUCUAUAGAUUAUGUAAUUUUUUUUGCUCAGAAAAGGAGAAUGUGUAGAAGGAUACACAAUAUAUGAUCACAUAAGUAGCAAACAUAACGUUUUUAUAUUGUCAUUCUUUUCUAUUAUCAUUAGAAUACGUCGUAUAAAUGUUUCGGAAGUGCAAUUUUGUCAGGCAGCUUUGUGGUGCUGCAAAUGCAUCGACAGAAGCUGCUGCAAUUGCGGACACAUCAACUCGAUUGCAACGGCUCAGAGUGAGAUUACAGGAAGAUGAGCAGCGUGAAAUACUUACAGAUACAUUUGGACGCAAGCACACAUAUCUUAGGAUAUCUGUCACAGAACGCUGCAACCUUCGCUGUACAUAUUGCAUGCCUGCAGAAGGCGUUAAGUUAACCAAGAAGGACGGUAUUUUGAGAACCGAUGAAAUAAUACAAAUAGCUGAUCUUUUUGUCAAGGAGGGAGUGCGCAAGAUACGUUUGACAGGUGGUGAACCUACGGUCCGUAAGGAUAUUGUGGACAUUGUCGAGCAACUCAAGCAGCUGAAGGACUUGGAGCAGGUUGCAAUUACUACAAAUGGGUUGACUCUUACUCGUCAAUUGUCAGCGCUUCAAAGAGCUGGAUUGGGUGCACUAAAUAUAUCAUUGGAUACCCUUAAAGAGGAACGUUUUGAGAUAUUUACUCGCAGGAAAGGCUGGCCAAGAGUUAUAGCUUCUAUAGAUCUUGCUGUUCAGCUUGGUUACAACCCUGUAAAAGUCAACUGUGUGAUAAUGCGAGGCCGUAAUGACGACGAAAUAAUUGAUUUCGUUGAUUUUACAAGAGAUCGCCCUAUCGAUAUACGCUUCAUAGAAUAUAUGCCGUUUCAAGGAAACGAAUGGAAGGAAAAUAAAAUGGUUUCUUUCGAUGAGAUGAAGGGGAUAAUACGAGAAAAAUAUCCCGAUUUCCAGGCUCUGCCAAAUCAGCCCAACGAUACAUCUAAGGCAUAUCAUGUACCAGGAUUUGUCGGGCAAGUUGGAUUUAUCACAUCCAUGAGCGAACACUUUUGCAAUUCGUGCAAUCGUUUAAGAAUAACUGCGGAUGGAAACUUGAAAGUAUGCUUGUUCGAAGGCAAGGGCGAGGUCUCGCUUAGGGAUGCUUUGCGAAACGGAGCUUCGGAAGAUAUGCUUAAGGACCUGAUAAGAGGAGCAGUAUCGCGAAAAAAGAAGCAACACGCAGGAAUGUUCAAUCUUACACAGAUGGAAAAUAGGCCAAUGAUCCUCAUCGGGGGUUAAUUGAUAGUUUUAUGACAAUUAACCAACCGUAUUAAAGUACAUUCGGUUUUGUCGAGACGUGCACAGCUGUUAUCGUAAAUUUUUUUUAAUCGUACACUUAUUCAGCGAUAACAAUAUUACACAAUUAACUUGAAAACGUGUUUACGUUGCAGCUAAUCGUAAGGAAAAAUUCUAUCACAUAAAGCAUAAUAUCGCAUCGAUACGAAGCAUACAGUACAAACGUAUCCCAUACACGCCCAUAUAUU